GGAGAUGAAAGCUAUUGAUUACACGGAUUUCUCGCGCUUGUUACCGUUUUAGUUAUGAGACGCGUAUUAUUUAACUGAAUUACAAUAUCGAAGCAAUGCAACCAACACAAGCAGGAAAUCGGAUUGCAUUAUUUAAGAAGCUUAUCUGGGUGAAAAACCAUCUGGUUUAUUUUUGCGUUGGCGCGGUGCUUUGCGGAACACGUGAUCUUUUCCAUCCAAUCAUGGCGCUGCAACGUUAGUCAUCGUCUUCUUUGUUCUGGAUUUAUUAACUUUGUUGACUGAAUAUUCGUUUACAUUUUAAGGAUUAUUCAAAACAGAGUCUUUUAUCACUAAGGAAUGCUGUUAGUGCUGUGACGCUUAUCAAAAAGACGACAUGGUUCUCGAAAUCUUGUUUAAAACGGGGUUUCAAGCGAUACGAGCGGUUGAGUAUGUGUCACGUGACUCACCCUGCCCCCACGUCGAUCCAAUGAAUGGGGAAGAAGAAGUCGGACAUGUUUGAGGGUAAUGUGCUGAAUAAAGAAACGUGGCCGAGGACAAGAAGAAAAAACAGGAUUUUUUAAAACAAUGAGGAAUUCGAUAUUUUCUGUUUUUCCUUUUUAUUUCAUUUAAUCUGGAUAGAGGUAUAUGGAAGGAGACCUGUUUUAAAGACAUUUCUUAUUAUUGUUCAUCGUUGUUUAAACAAGAUUUAAAUUCGACAUUUUUAUUUAAACAACGUACAGAUAAACACAUUUGGCCGAUUAAGUGCGUUUUUUGGCUUCUAACAAUCUGUGACAUUGUUUCAUAUCUGUAACCUUGGCAGUGGGGGAUGGGCGGCAGUAUAGUUUCUAAAAAUCUGUUGUCCCUGGCGAUUUUACAUUUUAAAACUUUCAAAUGUUGUAUGUUUUAAAGUUACGUGACUUUUCAGAAAGAUUAUGUGCGUUUAUCGUUUUAGAAGGGAAGUCUGUUGUAGUUCAGCCGAUUACUGAGAUGAUGUAACCUGGGUAAUUAAAAAUGUCGAUGAGAUCAGUUAAUAUUGAUAGGUGCCGCAUUAAAUAAAAACUUAAUAAGGCGAACAAACGUAUUUGAGUUACGAUGAUCAUUUUGGUGGUUAGAUUUCGUUUGUGGCCUAAAAUGUUGUGCGUUACUAUUCUAGAACUUUCGAUUAAGAAUGCGAUUACUUUUCAUCGUGUAAUAAUUUGUCUUUUCGGUUAUUUUUGCGUGUUCAGGUUCAUAUUAUAGUCGUGUGUUAUAGAUUUAACCACCGAAAUUCGUCGUUUGAAGGAACAAAGUUGCUGCGUCAUUUUAUGGCGGACACUCCUUGUAGGCCAUGUUGAAUCGACCGAGAAGUGAAGGGCGUCGAGCACGGUUUAUGUGUUUGAAUACUAUUACAGGCUUUACGUUUUUUAUUUAUUUACCACGAUGCGUUUUAAUAUUGUGUUGUUUUAAUUACACAAUAUUACACCUUUCUGUGUUCGAUGUCGUCGUAUUUUCCCUGUAGCCUUUAGGGACGUGGCACUACUACAAGUUUUUGUUAAACAAUACUUUGUUUAAGUGAAGUUUUGUAGUCUUAUUUUAGGAGUUCGGGGAGCUAAAAACGAGGUGAGCUCUGUGUGUGCGUGUGCAGCAUUUGCUUCACGCGCGUGACCAAUCGGCUGAACCAAUGGCGUGUUUCCAACUUGCCCUGGAUGAUCGCGCCUUAGUUUUGGUGGACCAAUCAGCGAAGCUUGUUAGAGAUACGUUGACGUAACAGAAACCCCUGAGAAACGUAGUGUUUGUUUUCCUAUCCUUGCGUGUUUAAAACUACUCUCGAAAACAUUUGAUUGUAUUAUUGUCUCAUGUCUUGAACGAUAGUAGUUCACGUACAAAUGCUUUAACCUGCGAAAAUCCACGAAUUGUUCUGAAAGUGCUCUAAAGGCGUGGCCUAUUUGACGGACGUCUAGAGCGGCCUGUAGCAAAUGCGUGGGGGUGUACUAUGGCAUUACAUCAGCCAAUGGCGUCGUCGUUGGGUUUAUAAAAAGUCGGGCGGAGCCUUCGCGUCGCCAUUUCAUUGUAGCUGUGAGCUGGAUGAUAGAGGAAGUCUGAAAAACAAGGCCGCGAAACUCGGAUAUUCGAACGAAACCGGUUAAUAAACUGAAUCCGGAUCCAUCCCGAUGGAGACGGCCAUUAGCCCGCCCUUUGACAGCUCUUUGGGCGGGAACGACGGCAUGCAAGGGGCCUUAAUGAUGGAUCAGGCCAUCUCCGGCCCUGGCAAGCGCAUCCGCAAGCCGUCGUUGCUGUAUGAAGGUUUUGAAGGGCCUGCUCUGCCCCACGCACCUCCAUCCGGACCCCCUCAACCCCCCGUGCGGGACAUUAAUCGACCGGGCCGCAUGACCAACCAGCUGCAGUUCCUUCAGAAGGCUUUAGUUAAGACACUGUGGAGGCAUCACUUCGCCUGGCCAUUCCACGAACCAGUGGAUGCCUCCAAGCUCAACCUCCCAGAUUAUUAUAAAAUCAUUAAACAGCCAAUGGACAUGGGCACCAUCAAGAAAAGAUUGGAGAACAAUUAUUACCGCAGUGCUGGCGAGUGCAUGCAGGAUUUCAACACCAUGUUCACCAACUGCUACAUCUACAACAAGCCGACCGAUGACAUCGUCCUGAUGGCUCAGUCUCUGGAGAAGGCUUUCCUGCAGAAGGUGGCCCAGAUGCCCCAAGAGGAAGAAGAGAUUCCCUCAUCUGCCCCCAGAGGCAAACCAGGCAAACCCCCAAAAGGCCGCAAAUCAGGCAUAGGUGGAGUAACAACAGCUCAUCAAGUUCCUGCUAUAUCAUCGGUGUCCCAGUCAUACUCCCCACCCACUCCUGACACCCCUGAUUCAAUCCUCUCCACUCCACCGCAGAUGCUAAUAACAAAGACACUGGCCCGCCAGCACAGCACCCCCGCACUGCUGGGGCUGCCCCCUACCCAGCCUACUGCUAAGAAAAAGGGUGUCAAACGCAAGGCAGACACCACCACCCCCACCACCACAGGCAUGCCCCUCACCAUGGGUGUGGGUGGCAUGGGUCUCGGAAUGGGCGGAGGUGACUCCCCUCUUACCCUCUCCACUUUAGGGGUUGACCCUAAACAGGGCCUGUCUCUUGGCAUGGUCCACACCGGAGGCCUGGUCGGAGACAACGCUCUGCCAAGACGUGGAGGCAGCGGCAGACCCAUCAAGCCACCACGGAAAGACCUGCCUGACUCCCAGCACACACACCAACCGGUGCGGCGGGGGAAACUGAGCCAGCAGCUUCGAUACUGCAGCGGGAUUCUCAAAGAGCUGCUGUCCAAGAAACACGCAGCCUACGCAUGGCCCUUCUACAAGCCGGUGGACGCUACAACACUGGGACUUCAUGACUAUCAUGAUAUUAUCAAAUAUCCAAUGGAUCUGAGCACAAUAAAGAGGAAAAUGGAUCACCGAGAGUACAGGGAUGCGCUUCAGUUUGCCGCUGACAUCAGGCUAAUGUUCUCAAACUGUUACAAGUACAAUCCUCCAGAUCACGAUGUGGUGGCCAUGGCGCGAAAAUUACAGGAUGUGUUCGAGUUUAGCUUUGCCAAGAUGCCCGACGAGCCCCUGGAGUCCCUCGCACCUGCCUCCCUGGGCGGCGGAUUGGGUGGUCACUCUUCUUCCUCCUCCUCAUCCUCUUCGUCAUCAGAAAGCGACAUAAGCAGCGAGAGUGAGAGCAGCCUGAGCUCCGACAGCGAGGAGGAGAGAGCGCAUCGCCUGGCCCAACUUCAAGAACAGCUUAAGGCGGUGCACGAGCAGCUGGCCGCGCUGUCCUCCACCCCCAUCGUCAAACCCAAGAAGAAGAAAGAAAAGAAGGACAAGAAGAAAAAGAAGAAGCCGGAGAAACAUAAGCGAGGCAGGAGCACGAUUGAGGAGGAGGCCAUCAUCCGGCCAGCAAAAACGCCAAAGCUCUCAAAGACACCAAAGAGCAGGAGGAAUAGCAAAUCAGCAGCGUCGUCCACUCAGGGCAAGAAGAGCUCCAAUAAAAAGAGCAGCAAGAGCAAAUCCUCAAAGAAAUCUGCCUUCAACGCCCAACCCGUGAGCCACGGUGGUCUUACUCCCCACUAUGAUUCAGAGGAAGAGGAGGAGACCAGUCCUAUGAGCUACGACGAGAAACGACAACUCAGCCUUGACAUCAAUAAAUUACCGGGCGAGAAACUGGGUCGCGUGGUGCACAUCAUCCAGUCGCGAGAGCCAUCGCUGCGUGACACCAACCCAGAGGAGAUCGAGAUUGACUUUGAGAUGCUCAAACCGUCCACGCUACGUGAGCUGGAGAGAUACGUCAUGAUGUGUUUACGGAAGAAGCCGCGGAAAUCAUUUGUGGGAACCAAAAGCACUGCAGGUAAAACUCGUGAGGAGAUAACUUUAGAGAAGAAGCUGGAGCUGGAGAAAAGACUGCAGGACGUCAGCGGACAGCUCAACUGUAAUAAAAAAACACAGAAAACCAAAGUGGAGAAGCCCACUGGGAUGGAACCUCAUGCUGUGGCUUCGCGCCUCAGCGCUAGCAGUUCCAGUUCAGACUCAUCUUCCUCAUCCUCAUCUUCCUCAUCCUCUGACACCAGUGAAUCUGAUUCAGACUGAACUAAAUAAAAACUCUCAUGUCGAAAUGCACUCCAUCCCAGAAACAGAAAGAAGUUAACAGAACGAAGAGCAUUUAUCGCAUUAAGCAUUGUGAGGGUGAAGAAUUCUGGGAACUAUUGGACAAAGACGUGACUGAAAAAUAAGGCUUCGUUGUCUCGUUUGGGACUUGUUUCCGUUAGUCCAUUCUUGUGUAUAUAAAUGUACAUAGAUAUAAAUAUCUAUUUUUUCUUUUAUAAAGAAGAAUUUUAAGGAAUUCCCUGGUAGGGAAAACAAAAGAUCUUGACUUUUUUUGCUUUUGUGAAUUUUUUCUCUCCCUCUUUUCGUUUGACCUAUGAGUUGUUUGUCAAAAGAAAACAAAAGGCUCUGAGAGGUAACUGCUGUCACUUUUGUUUGCAUGAGCGAAUACGUGUGACGUAUACACGCUUGCGCGUACGUGGAUGUAAUGAAGCUUGGUUGUACAUUUGAAUGAACCUUCUAAGCGUUAGCGAAAACAGAGCUCCACCUAUUCAAAUGCCAUCUGUAUACCCAGAAGUCAGGAGAAUGGGGAAUAACGCCAGCCAUCGUUGUUUGAGUGGCAAUGUUAGCUUAGUGGCGUUUUAAAACUUGAAUCUUAUCACUUCACCAUCCAGCCUGCUUUAUUCCAGUCAGAAUCCCCAUUGGCGAAAUUUUAUAUCUCGAAUAUAAAAUACAGAAUCGUGGUCUUUACAUUCAGCUGAGCAUAUGCAUCUCUAGAUACAUAAUUUAUUUUUUGUUCCUUAUGUGGUUUCGAUCACAAGAGUGUUUGAGAGCGAGAUGCACUAUCAGAGGUACAGCGCUGCUUAAAUGGGUGUGAAUUUGAAUAACUCUUGUAAAUCUUGGCUGUCUUUGUUUGUGUGCUUUUUAUUUGCCCAGAGAAUUAACGCACAAUUUAUGAGUUCUGCAAAGCAAUCCAACCCUCAAAGGACAUGGUUUUAAAAGACAUUUGAAAACCUAGUUUCAGGAUCAUACAAGAAACUAUUACACAAUGAGACUUUUUGUUUCUCCACAAAAAUGUGUACAUAUGUAACAGUUGUGCAGCUUGUAUCUGUUAAUAUGACCCAUGUUGUUUUUCUUUGUUUAUUUCUGGUUUAAAAUGACUUAUUAGUGUUGUGGCUGGUUGUUUCCACCGCUAAUAUGGGUUUGUUUUUCCAAGAGUACAACAGAAAACAUACAAACAGAAAGAAACCUUAAGCUACUAGCAUCAUCUCAACAGAUGCUUUGUGUGACCAUAAUUCUCAUCUGAAAAUUUCACAUGAAUAAAGAGGGUGAGAUGUUCUUAAA